AUGGCCGUUUUUUGUGGCCGGGCUGAUUUAAUGGAAUUACUGUUACAGAGUGGAAGCAAGGUAAACAUUCAGAACAGUGAUGGCAACACACCAAUCCAUAUUGCCUGUCAGUGUGAUUGUGAUAAUAGAGUUCUUGUAAUGUUGAAGCUGUUGUCGGCUGGUGCUAAUAUCCAUAUGGAAAACAAAGCCUUUGCUACUCCACUUGAUGUGGCUGCCAUGUACAACAAAAAAGUUUUGCCAUUGUUCUCUCUCUCUCUCUCUGUCUCCCUCUCUCUCUCUCUCUCUCUCUCCUCUCCCUCUCUCUCUCUCUGUGUCUCCCUCUCUAUCUCUCCCUCUGUCUCCCUUCCUCCCUCUCUCUCUCUCCCUUCCUCCCCUCUCUCUCCUCCUCCUCUCUCCCUGUCUCCUCUCUCCACCCUCUCUGCCCCCCCAUCUGCCACAACUACACAAAAUGUUGUACACAAAAUUCUUCCUGUUUUCUAUGCCGUCUCUACUCUUCUUGAUCACGACAAAGAGGGUCUUAGAAACAAUAGUCUAGCCAUAGUCGAAGCUUCUAUCCGAGGUUAUGCACCAAUUGUGGAAAUGCUGCUCAAAUAUGGCAUCAGUCCAAAUACAGUGAACACGUUAAAACAGACUGCACCUUUACAUGAAGCUAUUCGAUUCUUCAGGCUUCAAGUAGCUGAAAGGUUGCUACAAUAUGGAGCUGAAACUGAUGUUGUCAAUGUUGCAGGAGAAACUCCACAGAAAAUGGUUCAAGAUCAGCCAAAGGACAGACCAAAUGAAUUCCAGCGACUGUUUGAUGAAUACAGUACGGGUGAGUUACGCAGAGCUCGUGUACAAUUCAAUAGCAGUUUUGAUGAGAGAAGAAAUAAGUCAUAUAUUAAAAAAUACCCUGAACUAGAGAAUAAUCCAAAAUGGACGGAAAAUAGUCCAGAAUAUUGUAGUUGUUGUACAGCCAUGAGUCCUAAUACAAAUAUUUUAGAUAAUGAUAGAUGUAGCUUUUGGGUGAUUCCCUCCAUCCAGCAGGCCUGGACAAUUUUAGAUCUUCAACAUGAACAUACCAUCACAGGAAUUAAAGUUUAUGGAUGGAACAGUCCAAAUAUGGUAAAAAAUUUUGAACUCAGGAAAGGAUAUACCAUUGAGGGUCCUUGGUCAACUGUGGUACAUUUUGCAUGUAAAGCUGAAGGCAGUACAGAUCCCAAGGACCCAGGUAGACCACAAAUCUUUGAUGGCUUCUCUGACACAUCUCGUUUCUGGCAACUCCUGAUUAUCGAUAACCAUGGAGGAAGCUGCAUCUGCUUUCAGGGCAUCAAUUUGUAUGGUGCUGAGAAACGGAUUUUCACAGAGCUUGAGCAAAUGUGUUUUUCAGAGGAGUUUGCCAACAAGGUUGUACAAAGAGGAUUCAACACAUAUGUCAAGUUUUUGGAAAUGAAAGAGUCAGAUCUGAAGUCAUUGCUUCCCAAUCCAGACCAGGUACGACAUACAUUACUACACUUAGGGGCACUGAAAAUCAAAGAAUUUCCUCUUUUAUGGAAAAAAGCACCAGUUACAGAAGCUGAAGAAGGUGUUCGUUUGCCCCCUUUCAUUGUACAGUCUGCUGGAAACUCCGACUUGUUAGAAGUAGUUGUUAAAGGCGCUACCAUUGCUGGCUGUACCAGGGCACAGUUACUCCCAUGUAAAGACAGUAAAAUGAAUGUCGCUUUAUUUGACAACAUAAAAAUUCUUUCCAGUGGAACAUUUAUUUUCACUGUCCAGAGUGUUGCUUCUCCCAACAUUCACAUCAAAGCUCCAGAACCUAUUCAUAUAAAACGUCCUGUUCGGACUACGUCUGAAGUUGAAGCAGCAUUUGAUGAAAUCCAGAUGAUGCUUCAUAAGGUGGCUGCCUCUCUUGACGACACCCUUCCAUGUCAUCUUUCUCUCUCACCCCUCCACGUCUCUCUCUCUCUCUCCCCCCUCCACUCUCUCUCUCUCACCCCCCUCCACGUCUCUCUCUCUCUCACCCCCUCCACGUCUCUCUCUCUCACAAUAAAAUAA